AAAAAAUAUCUUAAACGUCAGAUCGCUGAAUUACCAAAAAGCUGCGUCGCUGAAAGCAUGCUAACCGAGACACCAGAGGACAGAUCAAACUACAAAGGGCUUCCUUACAGGUUUACACGUAUACAUAUACAGGCAGGUCCUUUGGCAAAGAGAAGAGAGUGGGUAGAGCUUUUCUAGCGGAUCCAUCGUAGAGAAAGUCAGCUAGAGAUGGAGAGCUUCCAUGUAAUGUUCCUGAUAAACAUCUAUGUCUGCCUUCCUUUGACCAUGGUAGUCAGCUGUUGGGUGUGUUGUGUGGUACAAAGGGAGCAGGUCCCCAUCACCUACUACACAAACCUCUUCAUCUCCAAUCUGAUCCAGUUCAGCAUGAUGAUCAUCAUUCUCAUCGUCCAAGGAAACCAUGAACUAACCAUCUAUCAUAGCAUUUCUCUUGGCAUUUUGUGCUGUGCUGUGAUUGCUAAUCUUGACUUCAAGAUGUGCAUUGCUACUGAAAGGUGUUUGGUCAUCACCCGUCCACAGUGGAGCGGCAUCAGACAAACUAAAGGUUCUGUGCUGCUCUCUGUUCUGGUCUGGAUCCUGUCUGUUAUCACUGUACCUCUUGCUGUAUUCUUCUAUGUGAUUAUACUCCCUGUGCUUAUUUUUUUUGCCCUCGUUCCUUCUUUCCUGUUCAUCCUCACUUUGGUUUGGACCCUCAAAGCUCUGCCUGCUGCCACCUCAGUGCCCACUGAAGAAAAACGAAGAAUUGUUGGAACCUUAGUUCUUUUGUUACUUAAUUACUGUGUCAUGUUCCUUCCCCUGAUCAUCUUUCAGAUUGUAGCAAUUUUAGAUUAUUAUCUCAUUUUUAACGAUAUUCGUACAAUCCUCAUGAAUUUAAUUCUGUUCAGUCCUUUCAUGGAUUUAAUUUUGGUUUUUCUGAUGUGGAAAGACCCCAUCGACAAGCCGCUUGUAUCUCUGUGCUGCUGCAGUAUGAGCAACACUGUAGGAGAAGUAGCUGCAGAUACAACGCUGGAGCUACAAUACUGCAGCGAAUGUAACUGCAGCUACAGCACAGCAGCAGAUGUAGCCGCACAUAAUAAGAGCAGUGGUCAGAUGUAGCAUAGACAGAGAGGGGAAAUGGGUUCUGUGAAAGAAGAAGAGAAAUUCAGCAAACAUCGUUCUUUAUAAAUGUUUUUAAGUGGACAUCUGACUGAGAUUUGUCUUGAAACAGGAGCACUGUGCAUAUUAAAAGCUUUCCUGGAUGUUCACCACCUACAUUCCAGCUACAAGUUAAACAUGGGAAGGAAGAAAUCGUGUUUUAUUUACUGAUGGCACGCUAUGAAUCAAAAUCAUCUUAAAAUCUUAAAAAAAACCCCAAACAAUGAGCCUAUUAUGCUCCUGACAUAAUGAGAAAGGGUUCAGUAUAAUAUAGUAUUAUGCAUCAUUAAUAAUAUGCACUAUAUUCCCAAGAGUAUUUGUCUGUCUUCACACAGACAUGUGAAAUUGAGUGACAUCCCAUUCUUAAUCCAUACUCUUUAACAUGUCGCCCCACCCUUUGCUGCAAUAAUUCAACUCUUCCAAACUCCUCCUCCUCUUUCCAAAAGGUUUAGGAGUGUUUAUGGGAAUUUUUGACCGGAAUCAUUCUUUUGAGGUCAGACACUGAUGUUGGACGAGAAGGGCUCUGUGCAGGCCAGUCAAGUGGCUUUGUGCACUGGUGCGCAGUCAUGUUGGAACAGGAAGGGGUCUUCCCCAAACUGUUCCCACAAAGUUGGGAGCAUGAAUUACCAGACGGAGGAGCGUAAAUUGUCACUCCAGGGAACGCGUCUACACUGCUCAGUGGUGGCGUGCAUUGCACUUUGUGUAACGCUUGUGUGCAUCUGCUUUGCCUCACUCCAUGAAGCUCUCUACACACUGUUCUUCAGCUAAUCUGACGGCCACUUGAAGUUUUGGAGGACUGUAAUUAUUCUUUCACAAAUGUUUGCAGAAGCAGUGUGCCUGACUCGGGGCUUGAUCCUAUAUUCCUGUGUAAGUUAUUGGAACACUUGAAUUCAAUGAUUUGGAUGAGUGAGUAAAUAUAGUGUAUAUGUAAUAUGUAAUAGAUCGCCACCAGUAGUAAUCAUUAUGUGUGUUUUUGUCCCUGUAGUAAGUUUGUACUGUUUGUAAUGUUUACUGCUUCAUUUUAUGUUAUUUUAUUGUACAAAUAAUGCACUGAGUAAUAAUUAACUUUUUCACUUGUAUUUUUUUUUACUAUGUAUUAAUUUGUUUUGUAAACAAUCAUUGAAAAAUGGCACAUUUGUCUUCUGGACUUUGGUGUGCAUGUUUCCAUUUCCUGUGAGCUGUGCUGUGACAGAUCUUUGUCAGGGUAAUUCUUGAAUAACACCCCAAAGCAGUUUUUAAUGAAAAUGCCCAAUAAACCCAUUUUAUCUUAAGAAUGGAAUAUUUCUGUCACAACAUUUUUAAAUGUCAGAAGAUUUAUUGGAUUUUGUUCCAACACAAAAUGUCAUGUUGCUUUAUACGAAUUUAUACGAUCUUAAUGAAACAAUUCCUGUUUUCAUUUGUGAUCUUUGGUUGGGAGCGACUGUCGGGGAUAUUA